AAGUGUCCAAUCUUAAUAGUAACUAACAAAGACUUACGUCGACAUAUUACACCAACUUGAGCAGUCGUAAAGACUCUCAGAUCACAAGUGAAAACUUUAUACCAAACAAGGGUGAAGAACGUAACAGCCGUCUCGAAACUUUCGUCGGUCGCUGAAACUGAGAGAGGCGAGUGAUUGAUUCACAGCACUGAGCAUACUGUGGAUAAGUCAGAACUGCACCGCUGCACGGGACGCCUGUUGGAUUUAUUUCACAAUGAAGGACUGUUUGGUGUUGAUGCUUGUGGUGCUGGUGCUGGCGGUCGGUCUUCAGUCAGCAGAGGCAGACAAGAAGUCUGGCGGACAUCGAAGUCGCAAAUGUGGCACAAAACGGUGUCGAGCAGGGCAGCAGUGUUCCACGGGGCCUGAUGGAGAGAAAACUUGCAUUUGCCGCAAAGUUUGUAGUCAGAGAAAAUUACUCACGUGUGGAAGUGACGGACGCACGUACUACAACAAGUGUGAACUACACAGAAUCGCUUGUGUUGAAGGACGCAAACUUAAAAUUAAUCACAAAGGAGCUUGUCCAAGCAACAACGAUGUUCCUGUGAAUGGUGUUGAGAAGAAGUCUGGGAAACAGAAUCCCCCCCUGGUGUGUUACCAGGUCCAGAGAGAUGAACUGCGACGUCUGCUUGUGGACUGGAUCAAGCACAGAGCAGUGUCUGAAGGUACACCAUUGACGCUGACGGUGAAGCAGCUGUUCCGGGAGUGUGACCACGACAAGAACAGCAUUCUGGACGCCGAUGAGAUGCUGCAGUGCCUGGAGGUGUCCAAGACAGAUAUCAAGGACACUGAUGCACACAUUCUUAGAGCUCUGUGUAUUGAUGCCCUAAUCAGCGCUGCCUCCGUCAAACAGAACUGGGUCCUCAAAGAACCCGAGCUGCGGAAGCUGCUACAGCCCAACAACUUUGUAGCUCCACCAAAAGAUUGUCAGCUGGAAGACAAGCAGUACAAGGAUGGUGAUGAGACGCAGGUGGACUGUAAUGUGUGUGUCUGUGCGUGUGGAGACUGGGUGUGUACCGGGGCGCCAUGCGGGAAGGACAAGAGAAAUACAGGAGUACCUGGUCCUGUGCACAGUGGACGUCUGCCCGUGCAGGAGCAGAGGGCGAGGUUCCUUCAAGGGUUCAAGGCUGCCAAGGAGGUGAACGUCCGUGCUGUGCAGGAUGAGAUCGCCAAGAAGCAAUAUUCACAAGACAUCGCCCAGCAGUUGAACAGCCUGAACAAGGAAAACACACAACACUAGGGGCAGGAUGAACCAUUCCGGUGCCAGACUGGAUGACUUUUAUCAUGACAUCAACAAUUCCCAUAUGAAACCAGCGGCCGAACAUACCGACUAUAAUCUCCAGGUUAAUUACCUCUACUCAUUGAUACAAGUCAAGACAACGUAUACCUGUGGAAUCAUUACGUAUUCCAUCUCAGAUCAACUUAAGUUGUUACGAGCAUGUACAUGUUUCAAUAGUUGGUAUAUUUUGAUGUCUGUACUUAUAACUGUUCACUGUUGAAUUAUCAUGUUUAUGCUAAAGCAUUGUUUACUAUUGUUAACUGAAAUGUGAGAUAUUUAUAUGAUUUCAUCAUUUUUCAUGAUAUUGUUGUCUUGAAAGUAUACUAACCUGAGAAUCCUUUAGCGUUAAGUCUGUGGCUUACCACAUAUGAAACUAUUUGCACGGAAAUUGAUAGUUUGAUUCUGCAUUCCAUUAUUAAGUUUAGAUAUUUAAAAAUAUAAGUGUCAUAUGAUAGGUCUCUGGAAGUUUCUUAGUCUGUUGAUGGGAUUUGAACCAUUUGAUUGGAUUCUGAACUGUUGUUAGAUGCUUUGUCCACAAGACCAAAGACCAAGAUCACUUGUAAGAGGGGUACACAAACUAUGUGAUCUAGACUACCUUGUGUCCAACUUCCAUUUUUGUGGAACCACAGUGGCGGAGCGGCUGUGUGUCCGAGUGGCUUAGAUCGCCGACUUUGUGUGCUGGCGAUUAGGUGCUUGACUCUGAGAGUGAUGGUUCAAAUCCCCGAUGGAAUUCAACCUAAGAACAGGACUAGAAUCUGUACUUUACUGAUAAAUUGUAAUCCCAAAUAUAACAUAUGUUCCAAGACCAAAGAUGUUCAGCUAAAGAUGUCAUUUGAGGGAUGACUUCCUGUUCUGGCUGCACACAUAAUGAGUAUGAUAAUUAUCUAUUUCUCAAUGCUUCUCAUUUGGCAAAGAUGACAGAUACAGAAUUCAAAAUGGCAUUCAAGGGUCUAUGUUGUGCUUAAAGUACCUUUCUGAAAUAUAUGUUACAUUGUUUUAUAUCUGUUUAUUGUUAUCAUUCUUGGGUUAAUGUAUUGUUAUCAUCACAGGGUUCUGUUUGGGUUAUCACUCUAUUGUUUGGCAGAUAACUUUUACCCGUCUGUCGCUGCACAAUUACUGCACAAUCCUAAGCAAUUUCAUUUUUUAUCACAAGUAGUCAUUACGAAAAAGGAACAUGAUUUUGUCAUGUGAUGCUGUAGAUCUGGAAGCCAUGGGUAUAGUGCUUGAUGACAACCUCAAAAUGUGUAUUCUGAGUACACAGGGUAGUUAUUGUGUAUCAGUAUCAGGUUCGUAUCGUAUAUACUGGUCAAUAACAAUACAUAUUGUAUAUCCUGCAUACUGUGUAUAUUCCUGUGGUUCAACCAUUCUAUUUAUUCUUCAAUAUUUCACAUAUUCUAUACAGAUCUGAUUCCGUGUGUCGUUUUACACACUUAAAUGCAAAGGAAAUUAUAAACGUGUUUUGUCAGUUUACCACUUUGUGUUGUCAAGUUUUCAGAGAUAGGGGCUUUCUAAGCUAGAUCAGUUCAGCUGAAGUACUGGGGUAGCCUACAGGUUAAAGUGUUCCUUCAUCAUGCUGAAGUCCUGGGUUUGAUGGGGCCUAUUUCUAGUGUUCUGCUAAUGUACCGAGAACAUCGCUGUAAAUCAUGUACCACCAUUCCCACUUACUCAUUCAGCAUCAGUGUCAGGAGUGAAAGUCAAUGGAAACUAGUAUACUGAGGGAAACAAAUAAGGGAACACCACUUCAUGGCAGUGUUACUUUGAUUAUUCUCAGAUUUCCUCCCACAGCGCGCUAUUCAAAGCUAGUGAUGAAAACUGGGAAAUAUUAAAGGAACGCUUGAAUUUUCCUGUGUUCCUUUAUUUGUUUCUCUCAGUAUAUUUUCAAAACCUUUAUCUUUUCUGCAUGCUAAUUGUCCAGUGAUAAACACUAAACAAACUUGAACAAGGCUACUACCGCAAAUACAUUUAGAGACAGUUUGUCUUCUUCCUGUAUAAUGUCAAUGAUUUCAAACACUUUUAGUUGAUAAGAAUGGUAUUGUUAUUUAAAUCCAAACAGUUUUGUUUUAUUUUAGAUGAGUUGAGAAGAAAUAGCAUGUUUUGUGGUUUAAUUAUAUACCUUUAUUGAUCAAUAUUCCUGAAACUUACAUUUAUAUUUUUUUAAUUGUUUUCGAUCUGUAGGCAAAAUGAUCGAACAAAAAUGGGUUUAAAUCACAAAUUUGCCCCUAGAUAAAAUCUAAACAAGCAUUGAUAUAUCUCUGCUUUUGUUGAUACACACUUAAAAACACUUGUGAAUGAGGAAGUGUGGGGUAGUGUUUUAAUUCUGUUUCAUUUUAACACAGUGUAUGUAUCGGGUUUGAGCCCAUUGUCUGAGCUUGAUGUAUUUAAUUUUUACCAAAUAAAAGUUGUAAUACAUA